CACAAAUCACUAAUCGAAAAUUCUUGCCUGUGAAUCUUAAAUUCAAAAAAACAUCAAAACGGUAUUUUUCUCGAAUUUAUUAUUUAAUAAUAAACAACAACAAUUCAUCAUGAAGAAUUUUCAAAUAUUUGUUAUUCUUGCCAUUUUCUUCGUCAGCGUGAAAUCAGAUUUUUGGUCGGAUUAUAAUAAAAGGCUUCAAAAUUCUGAUUUUGGAAUAAGAAAACCAAUUCAACAUAGGCCAACGUAUACAGACACUGAGACUAAAAAUAAAAAUACAUUAAGUCGAAAUGAGAUUUUAAAAAUAGCAGAUCAAGUAGAAAAUGGAAAUCCUCCUUACAAUUUAAAGUCAUCAAAUACAAAUAUUCAAACUAUGACUGUCAAUGGUAAGCCAAGGAUAGUAAAAACUAUUGUUUUUUCAAUUGGAAACAACUUAGAAGGUACUAAAUAUACCGUGAAAAAUACUUAUCAAGAUUCAAUAAAAAUUGGUUCUUCAAUAAGCACAUCUUCGUGGAAUAAUAAAGAAACAAAAUCUUAUUCUUAUCACAGUAAAUAGUGCAUCAAAUUAAUAUCAUUGAAAAAAAAAUAUUUAUUUGAUUCAAAUCAUCAGUUAGUUGAAUCAAAUAAAUUUUCAUUUAAAUAUUUCAGUUAAAAUACUAUAGUUUGAAGCAAAUAAUUGGUAAUAUAAUAUUUUGCGAUUUUAUAGAAAAUUUGUAAUCCUACAUUAUGUAUUAUUAAUUAAUUAUAAGAUAUUUUUUAGUUUACUAAUUUUUAACGUGUACUGAAAAUUUGUUUCUCAAAUAAUAAUAAAGAAAAAUUUGUUUUAUGUAAAA